GGCAAGAGUAUCUCACUCGCCUGCCUGCCUAGUGCUGGAAGCUCUGGAGACUGAGUGCCUCACUCUGAACACUGUUCGCACUUCAACAGUGUUGAAACAGAGUUAGCAUUUUCAGAUUCGGUCAAUUGAUGCUGUCUCCUGUCCUCUGAUUCUCAUUCUGCAUGUUUCUGUCUCUAUUUUUUCACAUUUAUUUAUUUAUUUAUUUUUGUUUUGUGUAGGAGGCUCUUGCAGACAAUUGCUGAUUUGGAGGAAGAGUUAUCACAGAGGUGAGGUGACGGAUGCUCACACAGUACCUGCUUUCUUGGAUCUACAUGACGGAUGAUGUUCAAUUUGAAUUCACCAGAUUGAAGUAGACACAGAUCAAACCACUGACUACGGAUAUUUAGGGAAAUGAACACCUCACAUCAUCAUGGACUGCAGCAUUCGUACCGGAAUCACAGCCAGGGAGUGUUACCGGUGGGAAAGCCUGCUCAGGGCGAGAGAGGAUCAGCCUCUGGAUGCUAUGAGCAGCUGCUCAUCUCCACAGAGGUCUUCCUCACGCUUGGGCUCGUCAGUCUCCUGGAGAACAUUCUGGUGAUUGCGGCUAUUGUCAAGAACAAGAACCUUCAUUCUCCCAUGUAUUUCUUUAUCUGCAGUUUAGCCGUAGCAGACUUGUUGGUCAGUGUCUCCAAUGCCUCAGAAACGGUAGUGAUGGCACUCAUCACGGGGGGCAACCUGACCAAUCGCGAGAGCAUCAUCAAGAACAUGGACAACAUUUUUGACUCAAUGAUUUGUAGCUCACUGUUGGCCUCCAUUUGGAGUUUGUUGGCCAUCGCAGUGGACCGCUACAUCACAAUCUUCUACGCCUUGCGUUACCACAACAUCAUGACCCAACGGCGGGCAGGCACCAUCAUCACCUGCAUCUGGACCUUCUGCAUGGUCUCUGGUGUGCUCUUUAUCGUGUACUCGGAGAGCACCACCGUUCUCAUCUGCCUUAUCAGUAUGUUCUUCACCAUGCUGGCGCUUAUGGCCUCACUCUACGUCCACAUGUUUCUUCUAGCCCGACUGCACAUGAAGCGCAUUGCCGCCCUCCCUGGCAACGGCCCUAUCUGGCAGGCGGCAAAUAUGAAAGGGGCCAUCACCAUCACGAUCCUUCUGGGUGUAUUCGUGGUGUGCUGGGCUCCCUUUUUCUUGCACCUCAUCCUCAUGAUUUCCUGCCCACGGAACCCUUAUUGCAUCUGCUUCAUGUCCCACUUCAACAUGUACCUGAUCCUCAUUAUGUGCAACUCGGUCAUAGACCCUCUCAUCUAUGCCUUCAGGAGCCAAGAGAUGAGGAAGACCUUCAAGGAAAUCUGCUGCUGUUGGUAUGGACUGACCUCUCUGUGUGUAUAAGUUUUUUUUUUUCUGUUUGACGUCAAGGUACUGAUUGAGAUGUUGGCUUGCAAGACAAAACUAAGCAACCAUCACUGAGGAUGCUGAGAAUGUAGAAGAUCUAAUUACACUGCAUAGCUUGUGUGAUUAUUCUGCACACAGUUAUUUGAUACCCAGAGAAAUGUGAUACUAUGGCUGUGCUGACCAUGAAAAAAAAUGCUAAUGUUUAUGACUGUUUUGGUGUUUAUUUAUAUAUAUAUGAUUUCAUUCAUAUUUUACCUGCUGGAUAAGACAUCAAAAAGUCAAAGUGCCAAUAUUUAAAAGCGUUAAAUGACAGAAAAUUCAUGGCACCAUGUGUUGUGAUUCAGUGACUCAAGCACACGCACAAUAUUUGGCAACUGUGAAUAUGUUCUCUUAGCAGGUUGGUACUUCAGUUAUUCAGCUUGAAAACCAUUGCUGCUUGAUAAAUGUGUUUCAGACUUAUGAAUUUAUUUUUGUAUUUUGUAAGUUAAGAUGAUUUUAUUUAAUUUUUGUAAUGCCAUUUCAUUGUGCAAAUAAAACAUCAA